AUGAAAAAAAAUUUUAUAUAUUUUGUAAUAUUAUUAUUUAGUUGUUGUAUUUUACCAAUUUUAUCAAUAGAUAAUCAAAUCACAGUUAGUGGUAUUAGCAGUGGUGGAUUUUUUGCAGUUCAAUAUCAUAUAGCAUUUUCAUCAUUGGUAAGAGGUGCAGCAGUUCUCGCAGGUGGGCCUUAUUGGUGUGCCAAAGGAAAUGCAAUUACAGCACAAAUAGAUUGUAUGAAGACACCAGAAUUAAUUAGUGUUGAUGAAUUAAUCAUUGCUACCAAAUAUGCACAAGAUACACUUACAAUCGAUGAUACAGCAAAUCUACAGAAUAGUGUAAUUUGGCUCUACUCUGGUAUGAAUGAUACAGUUGUUCAUCCAGGUGUAAUGCACAAAUUAGUUGAAUACUAUCAAAAUUUCUUAAAGAAUGAUAGUAUUCAUACAGUUUUUAACAUUCAAUCAGAACAUGCAUUCAUCACAAAUGGUUAUGGUAACAAUUGCACUUUUUUAGGUCCACAAUAUAUCAACAAUUGUGAUUAUAAUUCACCAUUCGAAUUUUUAUCAUUAUUUUAUCCAAAUUUACAAGACCCAGUUAAUGCUUCACCUGAUAAUAUUAUUACAAUUGACCAAUCCUCAUUUAUUCCAAUUGGAUUUACAACUUUAACAGCUUCAUUAAAUAGUGAGGCUUUUGCAUAUAUUCCAACCAAAUGUAAAAAUGAUAAAUCUUUAUGUACUAUUCACGUUGCCUUUCAUGGAUGUUUACAAACCAUUGCGAAUAUCGGUGACUCAUUUUAUACAAAGACUGGAUACAAUGAAAUAGCCGAAGCAAAUAACAUUAUUAUUUUAUAUCCACAGUCAAUGAUGAGUGUUUUAAAUCCAAAAGGAUGCUUCGAUUGGUGGGGAUUUGCCGGGGAAAACUAUGCCACUAAAUAUGGUGCUCAAAUGGCCACUGUUAACUCAAUGGUUAUGUCUUUAUUAAACUAA